GCUUGCCGUAGUUACAACUCAGCAGAGCCUUCUUCGACAUUUCUUUGAUACAGGCUGUUCCCAGCGCCCCUCCUCUUCCGUCGUGGUUUACAUGCGCAGCGCCAACCAGGAGCCAGUCAUGCUAUGACCACCUCUCACAUGCACUUUUCCUCUCUCGCGUUCCACCACCCAACUCACCGCUGUGACUGAAUUAAAGUCACUGGCGGCACUGUAAGGGGAUACACCGACCGCAUUCGGAACCUGCAAAAUGCAGCGCAUUCUAAGGAUAAAUCUCCAAGCCCGCAACCAAGCCCUCAAAGCUUCCCGUCGGAAAAAUUAUGAAAAGUUACGAGAAGACUGGAAAGAAUACGAGGCCCGUCUAAUCCAGACGGAGAAAGUGAAAAAUGCCCACAUCAAAGCAGAGCGCAGAGCCCGGCGGGAGGAUUGGGUUAUGGGACCUCUGGCACCGAAACGAGACGUCGGCACAAAGCAAGAUUUCUACGGCACUGUGAGCAACCUGCUCUACCAAGGACCAGUGUUCCCUCCAAAUGUCAGGCAUGGGCCUAGGAGUAAUGGCUGGGAUCCUGUCGGAGGUGAAGGAUCGGAAGAGGAUCAGAAAGAGUGGGAGGGAUUCGGAAACGAAGGGAACAUUGUGGAAGGAGAUCGGGUUUGCAUUGUGAAGGGGAGGGACGGCUUGAUCGGGCAGAUUGGCAAAGUAAAGGAUGUCAGUAACGAUUCCAAGGAGCUGAGAAUCGAAGGUCUGAAUAUGGCCGAUGUCGAGAUCCCGGAGAGCUUUGGCGAACAGCGCGACAAAGUACACUACUCUUCCCUCGAAUUACCUGUGCCUAUAGCCGAUGUACGUCUUGUUUACCGCCUAACCGACCCUGCUACUGGCCGCGAUAGAGAUGUCGUUGUCAAACACAUCCGUGGUGGCGCUCCGUAUUUCCAGCGCGAACCUAACUCGCCUCUGCCGCGACAUACACGUUACAUUGCAGGGGAAGAUGUUCAGAUCCCCUGGCCCGAAGUCGAAGCUCCCACGUAUCAAGCCUUCGAGGGAGAUACUACACGCUACGAUGUCGAGUCGCAAACCUGGACGCCCACAAUCUACCAACCCCCUCUUCCCUCUCAGGAGAUAUUUGACGACCUGACAGAAGAUGACAAGUAUCGGCGAGACAGAGCAUGGCACGAAGAUGAGUAUGUGAGGAUGAAGAUAUUGGAGGAUGCUCGUGCAGAGUGGUUCAAGGAGAGAAAAAUUCAAGGCCCCUUGGCGAAGAUGGCUGAGGAGAAACUCAAGACGGUGGCAGAGCGGGCUGAAGCAGUUAAGCAAGCCGGAAUGAGCGAAGAGACAAGGAAGGUCUUAUUGGAGGAGAUGAGUGCAGCAAGGGGGAGAAGGAGACAGAAAAGCGCGUCGUGAUGUGCGAGAUCCGACUGCUGAGUGGCAUGUCAUUGCCAAACUCUGUGUCCGACUUCUUGCGCGAUGGCUAUAUGGGCCUGAUGUGCGCACCAAAGCUUGUAUUUGGAUGUAAAAUAAACAACUCGGAUGGGAAGACUUGUCACUUCCAGAUGACAGCGUUGUACAUCUAGAAUAUUAUACACUCCCCCUGGACGACAGCAUCGGAAAGUUUUACGGUCAAUUAGUCGUAGUAUUGGUAGUCUCUAUCUUUUGUGGAUUAGCUC